CAAAUUUUGGUCCAAAAAGGUGGCAUCAGUUUGCAUUCUCACUAACACGUAUGAGAGUUUUUUCCUCUCAUUACAUGACAAAGGAUUAAUUAAUAGCCUUAAAAAUUUGUGAAAUAGCUCUUUUUCCGGCUGGAACCAUGGAGGGUGCCAAAGAGAAGAAAAAGAAGGUUCCUGAUGUGCCAGAAACUCUUAAGAAAAAGUGAAGGAAUUUCAUAGAACCAAAGAUCAAGCGCCUGAGAAAGAAGUUUGCCCAAAAGAUGCUUCGAAAGGCAGGGAGGAAGCUUAUCUAUGAAAAAGCUAAGCACUAUCACAAGGAAUAUAGGCAGAUGUACAGGACUGAAAUUCGAGUGGCUAGGAUGGCAAGAAAAGCUGGCAACUUCUAUGUACCUGCAGAACCCAAGUUGGCAUUUGUUAUCAGGAUCAGAGGUAUCAAUGGUGUGAGCCCAAAGGUUCGAAAGGUGUUGCAGCUUCUUCGCCUUCGCCAGAUCUUCAAUGGCACCUUUGUUAAGCUCAACAAGGCUUCAGUUAACAUGCUGAGAAUUGUGGAACUAUAUGUUGCAUGGGGAUACCCAAACCCGAAGUCAGUGAAUGAACUGAUCUGUAAGCGUGGGUAUGGCAAGAUCAAUAAGAAGCGAAUUGCCCUGACAGAUAACACUUUGAUUGCACGAUCUCUUGGUAAAUAUGGCAUCAUCUGCAUGGAGGAUCUGAUUCAUGAGAUCUAUACUGUUGGGAAACGCUUCAAAGAAGCAAACAACUUCCUUUGGCCCUUCAAAUUAUCUUCUCCAUGAGGUAGAAUGAAGAAAAAGACCACCCAUUUUGUAGAAGGUGGAGAUGCUGGCAACAGGGAAGACCAGAUCAACAGGUUUAUUAGAAGGAUGAACUAAGGUGUCUACCGUGAUUAUUUUUGUAAUCUG